AUGGGCCACUGCCGCAGUAACUGCGCCAGUGACUCGUACGGUCGCGCUCAAGCCGGGGGGCUCAAACUCAUCGUCCGGGUUUUAUCGUUUAAACUAGGUGGAGAGCGGGGGUUCGAAUCCGAGGGUGAUACUUUCUCGAUGAAGACUCACAGCGCGGCGGCGGCGAGAAGCGCCAGGGAGCUGCGCGCGCGGUUCUAUGGCAUCCGCGACGCGGCGGGGGACCUGGCGCGCGCCGGCGUGGCGAGGGUCAGGCGAUGGGCGCCGCAGUGGCAGUGGCAGUGGCGAUCGUUCGCUCCUCCAGGUUUGGCGUCGCUCCCCCCCAUUGCCGCCCUAUCGCGCUCGGCGGCGUCGUCCGUGCGCGGCGUGGCCGCGGCCCCUAAGGUGCUGCUGCUCGGGCUAUUGAUAUUGCAGCUGCUGGUCCUCGGGGUUCUUCGAUCGGCGCCAUCGGCAGGGGCAUCGCAUGGGGAGCUGGAUCACGCCCCGAUCGGCAGGACGCUGUACACUGUAGCGGCCAAGAACAGGCCCAAGGAUUCGUCGGUGGCUAAGAUCGAGAAGAAAAGCUUGGGAGUUUUAGAACAGGGGCAGGGGCAUCUACCAGAGGACGAUCGCUCAAAGCAAGCGGAGAAGAAGGAGGAAGAAGCCCAAGGGAAACGUUUCCUGGAUCGACCUCGCGGAGAUGUUUCCAGAUCGGCUGUUCUAGACAAUGCAGCUUCGUCGGUCCGAGAGGUGGAAUCGAAGGAGGAAGAAGUAGAAGACGAAGGUGGAAAGCUACUGUCUCAAGGAAAACAGGAUUCCCAGCUUGGCGAUGGCGAGGAAGAACUGGAAAACAAGGAUUCAAAUGGAAGAGAACUAGUCUCUCAAGAACAGCAGCAAGCUCAAGUCGGUGGCAGCGGUGACGAAGAAGUGGAAGGCGAGAAAGAUACCGAUUCAGAAGAAAAAGGCGAGGAAUCCAAGGAGGCGUCCAUGCUCGCAUCCGAGAACGCGAUCCUAGAGGAGGAUCCGGUGUGCAAAGGCGGCAGGAUCUUCGUCUACGACUUGCCACCACGCUUCAACGCCGACUUGCUCGCCAAUUGCUCGACCCUCAACCCGUGGCUCUCGCUCUGCGACGCUCUCUCCCACGGCGGCCUCGGCAAGCCCAUGACCACGACUCCAUGGCCGUCGUCCAAGCCGUCCCCCUGGUUCUACACCGAGCAAUUCAGCGGCGAGGUCAUCUUCCACACCAGGAUCCUCCGCCACCCCUGCGUCACGAACGAUUCCGACUCGGCCAACGUCUUCUACGUGCCAUUCUACGCGGGGCUGGACGUCUCCCGGUACCUGUGGAGACCGUCCAAGGCCGAGGACCGCGACCACCUCGGACACAAGCUCGUGGAGUGGCUCUCGACCCAGCCGGCCUGGACUCGGGCCCGGGGCCGAGACCACUUCACCAUGAUCGGGCGGAUAACUUGGGACUUUCGGCGGCCCGAGGAGAACGCGUGGGGUAGCGGGCUGCUCAACAUGGCCGAGAUGAAGAACAUGACCCGGCUGGCCAUCGAGAGCAAUCCCUGGGAGGGUGGCGAGUAUGGAGUUCCAUAUCCGACGAGCUUCCAUCCCCAGAACGAGCACCAGCUGCAGGAGUGGCAGGAGUUUGUGAGGAACAAGGAGAGGGGGCUCGUGUUUAGCUUCGCCGGCGCUACCAGGAAGAGGAUCCCGAAUGACUUCCGGCUGGAGCUCCUGGCGCAGUGCUCGGACAGCCGGGGGGCGUGCUCGGCCAUGGACUGCUCGGACAGCAAGUGUGAGACGCCCGAGCCCGUGGUCCAGCUCUUCCUCAACUCGACAUUUUGCUUGCAACCCCGGGGUGACGGCUACACCCGGCGGUCGAUCUUCGACUCGGUUCUGGCGGGCUGCAUUCCCGUUUUCUUCUGGAACCAGAGCUCCUACUGGCAGUACAAGUGGUUCUUCCCGGAGGAGGACGAGAGCUACUCGGUGUUCAUAGACAGGGAAGACGUCCGCAAAGGUACCAAGAUCAUGGAAGUUCUGUCGAGGUUCUCGCAGGAGCGAGUCAAGGCGAUGAGAAACACUCUGAUUGAUGCUCUUCCCAAGCUCGUGUAUGCUACAGCGGAUCACGAGCUCUCCGGGGCCGACGCUUUCGACACCGCCAUCGAUGGGGUCCUCCGGAGCAUGCUACGGAUGAAUCUGAGACUACAGAAGAGCAGUGGCUAGCCGCGCCAAGGACGAUCCUUGCUUUUGGAGACAAGAAAUCUCUCCCGGAGGAUCUCUCUUCGGGAAGAGAAGGAGGAGAUGACAAAGCCAGGCGUACGCAUCCACUGUUUGUAUGUAAUGCUGUUCUAGCUGUGAGAGAUUAUGUUCUUCUUUUCCUUUGUUUUUCGCUCUUGGUUGGUGCUUGUGGCUUUUCUCUGUCGCUUUUGUUUCUCCGUGCUGCCAGCGAACGACUGGUGCCAAAGGACAUAUAAAAUCUUUCGAGUGAUCCCACCA